AUGUUUAAGAAACUAAAGCAGAAAUUAGCGGAGGAGACGGAUGGGGAACAGACCCCCCUGAAGCAAAAUGCACGUCAGGUAAUGAUUCAAAGUUUUGAUCGACUGCACGCGUCAUUUACUCUUCUGUGAUAAAAGUGUUUUAACUGUUCUCAACGAACAAUGAUCUUGUCAAGUUUUAUUCUGUGUGUAUUCUACUGAUCGUCUUGUGUUGAAUAAUUUAGACUCCGAAAGAGCCAGGCAAUGAAAGUAGCAAUGUAACCCAGGCGAAAUCUGAAGAAAACCGUGUGUUUCCGCCUUCGAAUUCAGCUGCAAAUGUAACAAGUUCUCCUUCGAGCACAUCAUCAACUCCUAAAACAUCACAGAUCAAACCGAAAUCUACGCCACGAGAGGUUCUCGACCGAGUCUACAACCUUCUUGAUUCUAAGGUAUAUUACAAAUGAUUGACCUGAAGCUAUCGCAUGAGUGAGUUAAACUUGAUUGAAAAUCAGAUAUUUUUUUGUUUCCAAAUCAAUUAUACUAGAUCGGAGGUGAUCAGUGAUCUUCGUUAAUAACUGUUUUCAAAACAGCUGUAUUUUUAUAUGUGAUUGUGUCAUCCUUGGCACUUUCUUUGAUUUUUCCUCUUAGUCUAUUUGUUCUUUUUUUGUCAAAGGUUUCUUUUUUCAGCAUAACUUUAAAAUGUUGUGAAUCUUAAAGGUUUCAGGCUAUUGAUUUGUAAUAGUCAGUGUAUUAAAAACAAAUCAGAAAUAAAAAGGAAAAAGAGAUAAAAUGAAAUAAAAAGGAAUUUAAAUCUCUAAUUAAAAGGAACUUGGGUGCUUCAUUAAUGGAGGAUAUUACCAGAUAAUUGGUUUCAUCAACGGAGUAGAUGAUGUAAAUUUGCCACUUUGAGGAGGUCAGCUAACCCAAGAAACAUCAUCUUUAAAAACCCUACAGUGGCCUUUGAAAUUAUCAACUCAGUUGUUGAUACUAAUUAUCUUGAAAAGAAUUCUUUAAAUAGGUAAAAUUUGAUUCAGCAAUAGAUAUUUAUUGGAAUCUCUUAUUGUUCACUGUUUUCUGGUCAAAUUUAAAUUUGGAGUGUUGUUGGUGUUGUUUUUCUGCAGAAUAGAACCAAAAGUAAUCUGAACUCACUUGUGACAUCAACAAUAUUGAGGUUAAUACAAAGGCAAAAGAACUCUUUUUCUUGUCACAAAAAAUUAUGACAAGAUGGAUUGAAAAGAUUUAAAGGAUAAACCAAAAAAAAGUCACUAAUGAUAAAGUUACAGAGAAGCUGGUUAAUUCCAAGCAUCUUACCUACUUACGCAUGUAGGUAAUCAGAAUGCAAGAUCUGAUUCUUUGCCCUCUCACAGUGCUACAGUGUAAAGUUCUGUAAUAUAUAUAUAUAUAUAUAUAUAUUUAACAAAUAGAUUCCAAGUUGCUGUGCGUCUGUUCAGUAAUAGAUCACAGAUGACGUCAAAAUGUGGCAAGAACAAAAAAGAGGCAUACGAGGCGCAGCCAAGUGUGUCACUGAUGUUCUUACCACAUUUUGACGUCCUCUGUGAUCUAUUACUGAACAGACGCAAGGCAACUUGGAAUCUCUUUGUUUUAUAUAAUAAAGAAUUAAAGAAAGUUUUAAUGAUGACAUCAUCUAUGUCUGUCCUCCAAUAGAUCAUAAGUGAGAACCAAUCAGAAUGUGUGCAUAACUAAGCAUAUUAUAUAGAUAUAUAUAUAUUACAGAACUUUACAAUAUAGUACUUUGAUGAGUUUGGGAAAAAACAUUUAAAAACACAUGUUAAUCAUGAUUAACUCACUAUUGGAUGGCAGAAAAACAACAAUAACAACAACACUCCAAGUUUAAAUUUGACUAGAAAACAGUGAACAAGAAAAGAUUUCCAUUGAAGAGUGAAACAGGCUUGUCAGGAAGAAAGUGUAGUCUCUCUGUUUUUUCCCUAACUCAGUACAUAUAUAUAUUCAUGAACAUUUAAUGAUUUGAUGAAAUCCCCUGUCUUAGAACAGUUUAUUGUUUAAUUCUGACAAAUUGUUGGAGGGAUUAAAUCAGAAGCAACUUGAGGAUGAAGAUAAAAUUCACGAAAAUGCUCGAGUGAAGUAAAGCAAGGAAGUUAGUGAAAUUCAGACCUUCCUAAUUUGUUUAUUUGUUUGUUUGUUUGUUUCAUUGUCUAGGCUGUUCAGCCUGAUUCCAGAAAUGGAGAAAAGCCUCAUUCUGGUGAGACAACUCCUCCUAAGAGCACAAGCACCCCAAGUAAAACUUUGUCACAGGACAGCAUCAGUGAUACUGAAACUCCCAAGAGAACUGUUGAACGUCAAGGAUCAAUCCCUCCUUCAAGCCCUAUUUCUGUGGGAGGACGGUCUGACACUGAGUCGGAUGCAGAGCAAAGUGGCACACCCGGCACACCUGGGGCUCGCCUAGAGGGAGCCACAAAGGAAGAGGUGGUGGCCAUGUUUAGAAAACAAGAGAGAGUCUUGGCACGUUACAAGACCAGAUUCUCAGAGGUAUCGCACUUUGUAACAUCUUUGUUUUUACAUGAUUUUAAAGGAUUUUGAUUUCAAUCAAAUUAAUAAGGAAAGCUACAAUGUUAGUAGUCUCCCAACUUGCGGGAAUGGCUAAAAGGGCUAGGCCAUUUUCUUGUAUGCAUUUAGCACUGGCACAGUUUCUGUAGUUGAUGUGAGUGGUUAGGAAAGCCAGGAAGAAUGGAAAAUGAAAACAGCAGAGUUAUCAUUUACUUUUUGAGCUACCUUGUCAUGCACAAUCUUUUGUAUUUUUGCAUUCACAUAUUAUUGAAUUAAGGAGAAGUCUACUUUUAGUAAUCACUCAGUUCAAAAUGAUGGGAAUUCUAUUGACAGGUGUGUUUAUGGCAAGGUCCAAAAAAAAGUGUACUAACACAUAUUGGAAAGAAAUCAGCCAGAUUUCCUAGCCAUUCCCUGCUUUGGUGCUUCUUUUGUCAUGUUGCCUUAAGUUUUUUUGUCUUUCUUUGAUCUUGUUCAUGGGCUGGGAUUCAUUCUCCUCACUGGUCUCUGUACUAAAUGUGCAUGUAUAUUGAAGGUAUCAAAUUAGGCCAUGGCUGUUUUUAUAACACUGUUCACGCUAAAUGAGCUUUUACCAUCCAAUGAUGAAUUUGGUUUUUAGAUAUUUAAUAAAUUUUGACCUCAGCAUCACUGGAAUAGCUACUUGUAACAAAUGCUGAAAUUUCUUAUGUUAGUAUCAAUUGUCAUAAACUUUGCUUUUAGUGAUCAAGAGUACAUUUGUAAUCUGAGUGCUCAUCUGUACCAUUAAUAACUGAUACAGCUUUAGACAUUAAGCAAUUCUGAUUAGUGUUUUGGCAAUUAAAAAUCACAAAUCAGGUGAACAUGAAAAAAAUACUUCUGACAAAUUGGUUUUUGUAAGAUAAUGGUGCAGAAUUUUUUUUUUUUUUUUUUUUUUUUUUUUUCUCAGUUUAGAAUAUUUUGACCGAGUAUAAUUUAUAAAUUUACACGUAUUUCUGUUGGUUUGAAUGUUUAUGAUCAAAAUAUGAAAUGAGAAUAAAUUCAAUCUCAACACAUAGCAAUGAACUGAAUCACAGGAAAUAUAAGUGUAAUGUAAACAAGUGUAAAUUAUUUUUUAAACUAGUUAGGUCGUACAUUGUGAUUUUAUCUUGUCUCUGAAGUAUGACCACAACUCUAUAACAAAGAAAAAUACAAACCAAUCCACAGUAUAGUUUGAAAUCAUUUUCAUUGGAAAUUCAUAUGAAACAUUACAAGUGAUCAAUGUCAGGCACUGUCCACCUCAGCAUAAGGCAAAUGAGGGCAAUUUUUUUUGAGAUAAAAGUAAGUUUUUAAUUUUGUUUUGCUUUUGUUUUAUAUUUUAAGUGGAGGUAUAAUUUUAUUUGGUAAAUAAAGUAAGAAAAGAAAUGAACAAAUCAAGAGAUGUGUUUUCAAAUCGAGUUACAACUCUUUUUCUGUUGUUGUAGGCAUAAAAUAUGUAAAGGACAGUUAGUUUUUAUAGAGGUUACCUAGGUAUUCAGUCAUGUUGAAUGGAAUGCAGCUUAAAUAAUAAAUGUCAGUUGAUAUGAUUGUGGUUAGAAACAUUUUGCAUAAUUUUUCCUUUAUUCAAAUUAGCCUGAACAAUAAAAAUCUACAACAGACAAUAGACUGACAUGAAAGGACUAGUUUUAAACAGCACCAAAUCAUCUGACUAUGAAUUUUAGAACAAAGUUCUACUUGCAACUGCUAAGUACAUGUUUCUGGGAAUAAUUUUUCUUGUAUCAAGAACAAAAUGUAGAUGUUAUUUUAAUUCACAACCAGGAGCAUUUCACCUGGCUUAAUUAUUGUAAGUCUCUUCAGUGUGCAUUAACAUCUCACUGGCCGACAUGUCGGGAGAAACAGUAACUCAUGUUGUACACUUAAACAUGAAGAAAUUUAUACAAACUUCACUUCUGAAGUUAUUCAGCAAUGUACACAUAGUCUUGUAUUUCAAGAAAUGUUUAUAAUUGGGAAUAUUUUGAGACAAUGGUCUUAAGAUGUUUUCCUGUAUGGGAAGCCAACUUGAUACUGAAGAGAAACAGAGAAAGGCUCUUAGAAAGGUAAAUUAACAAUGGCCAUCCUUUUACAGAUACUGUACAUGUAGGUUGGACAAUUAUCUUUGUUUUUAAUUCUGGAGUGAGUAGAAAUGAAUCCUUAGAAUCUGUCAUAUGGGUUGCUGUAGUUGUUAAAAAAUAUAAACUGAUGAUGUUCCAAUUUGUUUUCCCGAACGUGAAGGUUGUGGAAGCAUACAAGAACCUACAGAAGGAAAAUGAAAAGCUACAGGUACACAUGUAAACAAAUGUGUGAAAAGUUGAUAGGUUAAAGAUGACUUGUGUUGCUGUUUUCCUCUCUGCAGUUUUUGUUUAUUUUAAUGUUGACUGCAAUUGACUGAAAAGAACUUACAUUUAUUUAUUAGUUUUAUUUGAUCAAAAGUGUUUUUUGAUCACUUGCAUGCAAAACUUGAACAAUAAGCUAUAAUGAUAUUGAAUAAAGGGGGUAUAUGAUACUGGAUCUGAUCUGAACUAGUAUGUCAUACAUGCAUGUCAAUGUACCCUCUUGCAGAAUAAUCUCACACAGAGUCAGGACAAAGCUCUUAGAAGAAUAUCAGAGAUGAAAGAGGUGAAUUUUAAGUUUGCAAAACACAGUGUGAUACAAUUAUCUUGACUUUUGAGGGUAAAUAAUUGAAAUAUCUUGUAAUUAUGGUGUACAUGUUUACAUGUUAUGCAACUGAUAAACAUUGUAAUAAGAAGUGUGUAUUAUAGGAGAGUCUCAUUGCCUUGAUUGUUUGAUGUUGGUGUUACUUGACAAACUCUUGAAUCAUGCUGUGACUGGUGAUGGCCUGGCUUGAUGACUAAAUGAUUACUGAAAGUGCACAAAAGAAGGUUCAUACAUUCGUAGUCUUUAUCUUUUCUCAGAGGCAAUGGUUUUCAGUGUUGAUGUGUAACAGUUAUUGGUACUUGUAGGUGUAAAUGACUUUUGUAAAUCUUGUGAGUUAUACUCAGCCUGGUAAUUCAGGAGAGUUUGCAUCGCAGGUACAUCAAGCUCCCUUUGUGUGGUUUGUGUAGAAAUCUGAGAUAUUUUGUAAAAUCACAGGGCAGUUUGAGUCAGUUUUUAUAAAUCAGUCUGACAAAUUUAUUAACUUUCCAUUUGUUCACAGACCAUAGAACUUGAAAAACAGGCCAAGAUGCAUUUGGAGGAAACACUUCAGUUGUCUCUAGAUGAAAAAGAAGAUAUCAUCAAAGCUCUACAAACACAGGUGGAUAAUAAUUAGUACAUUUGUUCAUUAUGUUCGUGGGUAAAUUCUUCAUCUUUGAUUCUCAAAAUAAUUUAAUUUUUUUUAUUUUGUGAUAUUGGCACCCAUCAGCAUUUCUCAUCAACCCUGCCUAUUUGGAUGUUUGAAUGUUUAUUAGGACCACUGUAUAUUUUAGUUUAACUAGGUGUACUUUACAACUAAAUGUUAGCCUCACCUGGAAACUAAAUCUGGAUAUAAUUGCUCCAUGAUAGGUUCAACUACUCAAGCAGCAAGGCUCACUAGCAAUUCCUGGAACUGAUGUUCUUGAUGCUGGCUUAGGUGAGCUAUCUAAAAGAUUUUGCCUUUGAAUGUGUAAUGACUCUUUUGAACUUGAGCUUCAUUGGUGGGAUGGCAUAUGGGAGAAGUGAUACUGCAGUGGCCAUGCGCUUUUGCUUUCCUUCCUUCUUCUCCCCCCACCACCCUGUGGCCUGGGUUUGAUUCCUGAACUUUUUGUCACAAGGGGGUUGUUAGUUCCCAUCUUUGCUUAAAGGAUUUUUUCUUUGGGUUUCCGUUCUCUACACAAAACACCAUGCCAAAUUCCAACCCUGUUUUCUGAGGGACAAACACCUUUCAAUUUUCAAUCAAUGGUUGUUACCCUCUAUAAAUGUACAUGGAGUAAAUUUAUUGGUAUUUAUUUAUUACAGGAUCUCAAAGUGAUGAACAGAAGCUUCAACAGCAGAGUCUGCAGGAGAGGGUAAGGAACAGUUUCAUUAUUAUGUACAGUUACAUACAGUUGUGAACAUGUUUACAUCUACGGCUGCACCAUUAAAAACAUUAUUUUCUGAUGUAGAUGUUCUGUGAUCUAUGGAGUAUUUUUAGUAUUUAACCACCAGAAAAAAAGCAGCAUGCUCUUGAUAGGUGGUUUCAUCUUUGACUUAAUACUGCACUAACUAGAACAUGUGUAAAACGUACAAUUGUUUCUAUCUAUUGACCAUUCAUGUCUGCUUCACAACACAAACUCCUGGUUUUUUGUGAAUGGUACCCCUCAUAUGUCUGUGUUGCUUAUUUAUCAAAGAUUUUAUCUAUACUUGAAGAUGAGAUCUGUAUCCAUGCGUGGAUUAUAUUGUUCAGAACGAAAAUAGACCAUUGUAUUGUAUGUCAAUUGACACUGGUUACAUGUCGUUUACCUUCAGAACUGAUUUCUUGGGAUAGAUUUUUCAAGAUCCUUUCACAAAACAGUCCGUAGAUUCCACCAGCCUUAUUUAUUUUGUGAUACUGAAUUGACAACUCGUGAAGGGGGUAUUUUACAAACCAUCUUAUGAUGAAAAAUUUAGGGCUCUUUCAUGCAAGGAUAUUGCAUGAAUCAAUAUGAUUUCGGCUGCACUUAAGCUCAUGAAGUUACAUUUGUGCAGAUUCUUGUGUGUGAAGUGUUGUUGACGGGUAAGUUUGGUCGUUCUCUUUAUAGAUGGAAGGCCUUCAAGCUCUUGUGGAGAAACAAGCCAGGGAAAUAAACGAGAAUAAAGUACGACAUUGAUUUUCUACACCUGCGUACAUUUACUAUUUUUAGAUUUGCUUGAUAUAUUGCUAAUGUUAUUGCUGAUUUUUUGGCUACACUGUUCACAGACCUUCAGUUUUGUUAAGAUUAGUGGCCACAGCGCAAGCGAAACAAGGAUCACGAUCUCUCUGCAAUCCGCGCUCACUCUUGUGUGCUUGUUUCGUGCUUUCCCACUUGAUUGCAAGAAAAAAAACAAAAAGCGGUUUGGGACAGACUAGUUUUAAGCAGUCUGCACACGAGGGAGGGGAUGAAGGAGUUUAUUUAAAGUUAUCUUGUUCAUUUCUUUCUUUUUUUUUUUUUUUGUACGUUGCUAGGAAAAGUCCAUUCAACACGAUCAUGUAACUUCGAAUCAAAUGAGGGAAGCUAAAGCCUUGAUACUUAGACUAGAACAAGAGAAGAAGACAGCUAUUCAGGACAUGAUGGACAACCUACAGACUGCGCUGCGGGAAAAGGACGAGGCUGUGAACAACGCUAGUGAAAUGAGGAAAGUUCUGCAGGAGCGUGAGGCUCAAAACGAAGAAAUGAAAAAAGAAAAAGACGAGUUCUUUCUCAAGAUGGAGAAGCAACUCGAAGAGUCAGAAAAGAGAAGAGAAAUUGCAGAGUUGAAGAAGGAGCGAGAAAUUCAAGAGAUGACUGCAAAAUACGAGGCUACUGCAGCUGCGGAGGAAAAUGAGCGCAAAUCAAUGAUGGAGAAGUUGAAGAGAGACAAGGCGGAGGUGGUGGCAGUCAUGCAGAAGGACAAGAACGAGAAGUUAGAGGAAAUGUUAGUUGCCAAGGAAAUGGAGUUACAGGAGGCUCUGACUAAGAAAACAAAGGAAGUGGAGUCGAUCUUACAUGCUAAAGAGGAAGAGAUGAAGUUGAAGUACAAUGAAAAGGUAUUACAGAAGUACACGUACGCUAGACAAAAUCCGGUGUACAAAUUGUUUCGGGGGUAGGACUCGGCGGUUUGGUGGGAGGAUCCUUAAGGUGUGCUAUCCACCUUUUGAACGACAACAACUUAAUGCGUGCGUAAUUGUAAAAGGAUGCGAGAACAUUUUCUACUCAUUGUAGAGGCAGAUUUAAAUUCACCUUUUCGUUUUGGCUGAGCAGGUCUUAGGUUCUUGAUAGAUGGCCACUUUCACAGACUUUCUCCUCGGAAGACAAGUUAGCUGGGCCUAAAACAUUUUGGUUAAGUAAGAGGGGUCUAGAGGGUAGAGCGGAUCCCCCCCUUCAAGAAAAAGGACUACUUGGCAUGAUGAAUUAACUUGGCACUCCCCAAAACAGCGAGACACUUACGUUACGUUACAUCUCUCUCGAUGGAAACUCGUGCCCAAGCCCCUGAUUUGAUAUGGCUCGUAUUGGGCAUGAAUGACUAUUGUUUGGUUGUUUUUAGGUGAAGGAGAUCGAGAUAGCAGUGGACGAGAAAGAGCUACAGAAAGAAGCCGCUUUGAAGAAGAAAGAGAAAGAACUCCAAGCCUUGAGGGAACAAAUGGAAUCGCUGUCAGAAAAUCUACAAAGUAAAACCUCUGAAGCUUCGCGUACUGGACAGGAACAAGCCAGUAAGAUGUCUAACCUCUUGGCUGAGCUGCAGAAGACAUCUGUUGAAAAGAGAGGCAAGAGAAGUUUAAAAAUAUUCUACAUGUAACGGUCUCAAUGUAAGACAAACGUUCACAUGUGUCUGGUACAUGUACCAGGUCCAACUUUAGUUCUAGUUGGUUAUUUGCUGGGUACAUGUAUCUAGUUUUGAAAAUUUAUACGAAGUCUACUUGUGAUCGAGACUUCCUGUUUAUUUGCUGCGUUAGUGUUUUCUAGUGGCCAGGGUGUACAUGUAUUUAUACAUUUGCACUACACGUAUUGAGGCCUUAGGUAGAAAGCACAUUUGAGUGCCAACUUUGGCUUUAAUAAGAGUUUAAAUUUAAAGGGCAUUUACACUGAAGGUGAGAUAACGCAGGGAUCUAAUGGGGAAAAGGUCAUUAAUCAGAUUAUUUACAUUUUAAUACUGUACGUAACGCACGUUAACAUUCACUCUUUUUUUUUCGUACAGUUCUCUAUCUUUUCCCUAUUGAAUGAGGUGUGAAGUUAGACUUCUCCAACAUAAAAAGUUAUUGGUACCUUUUCUUCUGGGAAAAGAGGAGUUCUUAGGUUUUCAGUCAUCAUCUUUGUCAUUGCUUUUUUAGAUUUGGAGCAGAAGCUAUCAGAGACUCAGCAGAAACUAGAACAAGAACAAGUGAGUGCUUUCUGAUCGUUUCUGAUUUUCAACAAUCCUUGUGGUGCAUCAAAGGACGAUUAAGGGUCCUCUUAUUGCCGUUUAAAAUUGCUUGGAAUUCUUGAAAAUUCAACGGGUAAAAGGAUUGCUAUACCGGUUUGAAAAUUUAUUUUACCUGUCAUGCUUAAAAUAAGGGAGAACACUGCAUACAGACACCUGGGGUACACAGCUCCGUUAUAAGACAUUGUCUAUGAAUAAGUGGUAUUGGCAUACAUGUAUCUCAAGUCUAGAAGCAGGAUCCCUCACCCGACCCCCCUUUGUCGUCUCAUUUUCUGCUGAAUGCAGCCGGUGUAAACUGAUAAACUUUGUACUGUAAUGAACGCGUGGGUAACCUAACCCCCCGUAAAUUAUUACGCAUCCUCCGCAAAAAGAGUCGUGCGGAAGCAUUUGCGAACGAUUUUCAAUUUCCCCCGAAAGCAUUUUGUAUUGAAUAGAUCCAUCAAUCUUAAGCUUCCUUUUUUUGGUAGGCUAAGAUCGCGGAGAUGAUCCAGCAACACAGCAAUCUCCUUCAAGAAAAACAGGAAGAACAUCAAAAAAUGUUGGCCAAAUUCAAGAAAAUGCAUCAAACGAAAAUGGGUGAAAUAUCCGAGAAUUCUAAGAAAGCCGAACAAAAAGUGGCUGAACUGGAGAAACAGCGAAAAGCCGAGGCUGAGAAACAUGUGAAAGACUUGGAGGAGAAAGAGAGACAAUUUGAGGCUGAUAAGCAGUCAGAACUUGCUCGCGUCUCCAAACGAAUGGAAAGUAAAACCAACGAGAUGAAAAAGAUUGUAAAGGAACUUAGGACAAAGCUCACUGAAAAAGAAAACCAAGCGAAGGAACUUGAGGAGAAAGUAAAUAUCAUGCAACAGGAAACUGAGUCGGAAAAAAGUGCGAGUGUAAAUGACUUUGAGAAGAAAGUUGCCGAUGCUAACAAAAUCGCCGAAGAUUUACGCAAAGAACUACUGCAAAAAGAUAGUACUGUUAGUGAUCUGGAGAAUAAAGUUAAAGAAACUGAAAGCAAGAAAGCAAACGAAGUGGAGGAGCUGACGAAAGACCGGGAUAAUCGUUUGAAGGAAAAAGAGAGAGAAUUAGUCGACGUAAAAGGGAAGCUUACUGAAAAGGAAUAUUACUCCAAGGAACUGGAAAAGCAACUUCUCGAAAUGAAAACCGAGAAGGAUCAUGAGAUUGAGGCUGUCAAGCAAAAGGCGAUGGUGACAAUUAGAGAGCUAGAGACAGCAUUUAAUAAUAAAAGAGAGGAAGAACUGAAGGUUUUAAGUUCGGAGAAGGAGAAAGAAAACGUGGCAGUUAAAGAGGUGGAAAGUAAAAAGAACGAGCUUGAAAAAAUUAACAAAGAGUUCGAGGAGAAGUUAAAGGCUUCCGCAGAGAACGAAAAUAAACUCAAGGAAGAAUUGGCCGGAUUAAACCAGAAGUAUAGAACUCAAUUUGAAAAUUUCAAACAGAAAUAUCAAACUGACGUUCAAAAGUACAAAGAACAGUUGCUCCUUGCGGAAGAGAAAAGUCUUCAGAGUGCCUCAGAAAGCAAGAAUAGUCACGAGAAAACGGUCUCGAGUUUGAAAGAGGAACAUGCGCAAAGUAUUCGGAAACUUCAAGAGGAGAAAUUGCUUAUUGAAGAGAAAUGGAAACUUGAGUUAGAAAAGGUUCGCGGAGAUUUCAGUGGCAAAGCGGCUUCGAGUGAGAAAUCUCUCAACGAUAAAAAUUCCGAAAUUGCUGAAUUGAAUAACAAGAUUCAGAGUUUAACUGGCCAAAUGAAUGAACAAAAAGAGCAAUCCCAGCGAAAUAUUGAUGAACUUAGUCAAAGUAUAACACUGCGAGAUGAAAAGAUUGGGAAACUGAAAGAAACUUUGAAACUUGAACAGGAGGCGCUCAAAACACAGAAGAAGCAACACGACGAGAAGAUGAAACUGAAAGAAAAGGAAGUGAAGGAAUUGGUCAAUAAAAUGGAAAAGGAAUUCCACGACCAGCUACUUGAAAAAGAGAACGUUACCAGGGAGAAACUGCACGAAAUUGCUCAGCAUCAUGAUAUGGGUGUCAAAGAUGUAACAGCGAAUUUAGAAAAUAUGAGGAAAGAAGAACUAACGAAGCUCGAGGAGCGACAUCAGGCGGAAAUAUCUGAACUGAACUUGGGCUGGGAGAACAAAGUCGUGAGUAUACGCAGAGAAAACGAGGAGACUAUGGAGAAAUUUCUGAGCGAAGCGCGGGAAAAGGAAGAGAAUAUGACAAAAGAGAAUAUCAACUUGAGGAACGAAAUUGCUAAGCGAGAGAAAAUACAUCAAGCGAAGACGGAAGAGUUGCAAGCCAAAGCGAACAGUGUUUCAGAAGAGAAGGAGUCCGCCAUGGAGAAGGUAAGAGAAUUGGCCGAAGAGAACAAACGUUUUAGACAGCAAAUCGAGAAUCUUAACGUGGAAAUGGAAAGUAGGAUAAGCGAAAUGACUGAAAGUCAUAAACGCGACGUCGAGGACAUUAAGAAUCAGUCUUUAAAGAAUGUUGAGGAACUCGCUCAACAACAGACAAACGCUUUAGCGAAUCGCGAAAGUGAAUUUGAAAAUGCCAAGAUGGAGACGGAGGGGCGGUUGAACGAAGCAAUGGAAAGGCACCGAUCAGAAAUCGCGGAGAUGCGGGAUAGUUAUCAAGCGAAGCUGCAGGAAGUCACCAACACUUACCAACAGGACCUGGCGCAAAUCAAGCAGAUUUACGAGAAGCAGAACGUUGAAAUGGAGAAACUUAAAAAAUACCACGAAAUUGAAUUGAACGAACUUCGGAAAGGACAUUCCAAGACGAUGGAGGGACUGCUGAAAAGCGGCGAGGAAGAUAAGAAUAAAUUCGCUGAUCGAGAACGGGCACACCUCGAGGAUGUGGGAAGAUUAAAAUCCAGGAUAGAAGAAGUCGAGAUUGAGAAAUCAAAGCAAGUGGAGGAGUUAACACGAUCGGGAGAACAAAGGGCGCAGAAGUUUGCUACCGAGGAAGCAAACUUGAGAGAGCAGUUCGAGCUUCUUAAGGUUAAGAUAUCCGAUGCAGAGACCCAGCAUUGUAGCAAAAUGGAAGAGCUGCGGAAGUAUGCUGAAGAGAAUGAAAAGAAAUUCGGCUUCGAGGAAACCAAGCUAAGAGAGCAAAUCGAUGCACUGAGUAAAGCUGCUGAAGAGAGUAAAGCGGUCUUUGAAAUUGAGGAGCGAAAGUUGAAAGAGCAAAUUCAAGUUCUGGAAAAAAAGUUGGGCGAAACUGAAACAGUGAAUACGAUUAAAAUGGACGAACUAAGAUUGUCCGCAGAGCAGAUAAAGACAGCGUUUGAUCACGAGGAGAAAAAGCUGAUCGAAGAAAUUGAUACCUUAAAGAGAACUUACAAACAACAAGCAGAGGAGAUACGCAGGUUAUCGGAGGAAUAUGAAGCCAAGUCUGUAUUGGAGGACAAACUUAGGAAAGAAAUUGAACAAGUAAGGGAAAGUCACAAGAAAGAAAUCGAGGCUUUGAAGCAGAGAGCCAACGAAGCACAGACAAAACAUAGUGAUGUGGAGAGUAAAUUAAACGAGGAAUUUAACAACUUGAAGAAGGAGCGUGCUAAAAAAGAAAAAGAACUUCAAGAGGGUAAAGCUAAGUUGUUUGAACAAGAAAAACGAAUGAAGGCCGAGUUAGAGAAAGUUGAAACAGAAGUGAAGCAAACUUCGGAGGCGACGACUACGAAUUUGCAGAAGAAACUGGAUCAAAUGAAAAAGGAAAGAGAACAAGAAGUUCAGUUGUUGAAUACAAAAUGGAAAGGGAAAUGCGAUGAGAUCAACCAGCGGUACUCAACUCAGAUACAAAACCUGCUGAAGCAACAGGAAGAAGAUAAGAAGACUUUGACUGAAGAGCAUACAAAAGCGAUGGAGGAAUUAACAAAUAAAAACAAAGAGGAACGUCUUGAAUCGGAGGAAAGGGCAAAGAACCAGUUGAGCGAAGCACAGAACACUGCAUCGGAGCUGCAGUUGAAGAUCAAAAAAGCAAAGGAAAAAAUCAAAAGUAUGAAUGCAAAACAUGAGCAAGAGUUAAACGAAGUGCGGGAAAGUCAAGAGAAAACUGAUCAGGAGGUCAAAACUCUGCACGAGACGGUGUCCUCUUUGAAAAGAGAAAUGGCCAAAAAGGAGGAAAGCUACGAAAACAAACUAAGAGAGAAUGAAAAACGCCAGGAAGAGUUGCAACUAAAGAUUGUGACCGGAGAAAGCAACAAUAAGGCUAUCGACGAGAAGUUGGCAGAACUGAGUCGCGAAAAGCAGGAGGCUCAAGAUACUGUUGCGACAAAGGAAGCUGAGUGGCGGCAUCGAGUGCAGACACUUGAAGCUGAAAUGGAGAAGAAGACGCACAGUUUUGAAUCCAAACUGAAAGCGAAAGAGAAAGAACAACACGAAAAGCUCAAGGAAAUCGAAGACGCUAAGGAAAAGCAGUUGGCACAACAAGCGGAGGAACUGACUGAACAGUAUAGAAACAAGUUGACUGAAAUGAAGAAGAAAGCAGAGAGCAAAAUUGCCGGCUUGAGGAAACAGCUCAGUGCACAAGCUGUAGAAAAAGAGACUGCCAUCUCCAAUGUGAUGGAGUCGCUGCACUCAUCAGAAAGCAAAAUCAAGGAUCUCGAGUUGAAACAUCAGGAGGAGAUGGAGGGCUUAAAGAAACUUCAUCAAGAAGAGCUAGAAUCAAAACUCGAGGAAUUUCGCCAGGCAAAAGAAACUGAAGGUGAAAGUCGCGAAAAAGAGUUGCAGGGAAGACUUGACAAACUAGAUGCCUCUAACAAAGAGCUGUCAGAAAACAUUGAGAAUCUUCUUGUUGAGAAAAUGGAUGCUCUUCAUGAGCAGGAAUCGGUACUGAAGGAAGAACAUGAAUUGGAGAUGGAUAAUCUGCGGAAAGAACAUGCCAGUGAGUUGGAAAAGUGCGAGAAGAAAUGCAAAGCUAAAUUGAGCGAAAAAGAGCUGGACUAUAAUUCGAAAAUCAAACAACUUUUGAGAGAGUUUCAGAUUAAAUAUAGCGAGAAAGAAAGAGAGCAACAAGAAAUGUUGGGGCAAGUGAUAGAGAAAGGACAGAGAGAGGAACAGAAGUUAAUCGAUGAGUAUAAAACUGAAAUCAUAGAAUAUCAGCGAGAACUUAAACUGCGAGAGGAGGAAAUGUUAGCUUUGAAAACAACCGUGGAGGAGCAGCUGGCGCAAAAAGACAGUGAAAUUACAGAACUAAACAGAACUCAUUCCGAAGCGUUGCAAAACGUCGAGAGGGAACAUCAUGAAACGAUACAAGAGAUGGUUCGAAAGAAUGAAGCCGACAUGGAAAAGCUUCACGAGGAGAAUCGAGGCAAACUUGAAGAGUUACACAAUCGCCAUAAGAACGAGCUGGAAACGCACGCCAGGGAUCGCAAAUCUGAAGUGGCCGCCGUCGAGAAGAAGUUCAAGACUCAAAUGAAAAAAAACCAGAAUGAAAUGAAGAAGUUAUUAAAUCAAAAAGAGUCAUUUAUUCAAGCACAGAAUGUGAGUUUGACCGAUGCUGAACCCGGACAGCUACAGAGAGCAGGGUCAUCUUCGUCCCUCAAUAGUGUAAGUCAGGGGAAUGCACGAAGAGAUCACAGGAAGAGACCAGGAGCCUCUGAUAUUCACUAUUAAGUUUUUGAGCAACAAAUACUUCUGUUUACGACCAACAACAACAACAUCAACAACAACAAUACUUUUCUGACGUAGCACUGUAUUUUUUUGACAAGUCACCAUUCAACAUGACUGCAUUGACAAUUUCCGCUGUUUCUUUAAUCCUAAGGAGUGUCGUAUUUGUGGGAUCAUUUAUGUUGUUCAUAGUUGUUUUUUUAAUUCAUAUUUGAUCAUUUUCUUUUGCCAUGUUAAUCACAGCUAUGAGACAUAUCUUAUUAACAACGCCUGUCCAUUUUUAAUAAUAUUUACCGCCUAACUCUAACUUACUGAAUGUCUUUUCAUUUGUUCACCUCACACCAUCUUCCACUGCUUUACUACGCCCCUUAGCUACGAUACCCAAGUGACACUACUGUGUGUUAUUUUAUCUACGUGACAUAACUUGACAUAUUUCAUCACAGGCCACCCCCCAUCUCACAUCCAUUAUCGAUAUUUGUUUGUGAAGCUUUUGUGACAUCUCAUUAUCCACUUUAUGUUCAACAUUCGCUUAAGAACAAGCAAGACACAAACGUUAUAAAAGCAUCGCACUUACACUCGCUUUAAUACAGUUGCUUUACGUAUCUGAGCAAUGGCCCAAACAGAUCUGGCAUAAACGCGAUUGUCAGCUUUUUUCUUCUCAGAUUUACUCAUUCUUACUAUUUCCUAAACGAAAUCAGGAAACGCACUUUUUCUCACAAUUUUUUUUUCUUUUUCCUUCAGGAACCUAUUGCGGAGGAUCCAAGUCAAACAGCGCUGAAGGUUUGUUUGAUGUUUUGUACGCAAUUUAUCAGACACGUGAGCUUGAUAGUUGAAAAAUAUAGCUGCGGUGUUAUUAUGAAGAUCUUCCCACUCAUUUCGUUCGAUUCUCAAAGUAGUGAGCGCUGUGUUUCCUUAGCUGUAAUAAUUAUUUGAAGGUUGCUAGUCAUGAUUUAAAGUUGUAUUGAGAGAUUGAAUUGCUUCAGAUUUUUGCACUAAGUAGAAUCUUAUCUCGGUCUUUUUUUUAGGAACAAAUUACGCGGUUGAGAACAGAAGUCAGUGGCUUGAAGGAGAGAGAGGAAUCACUGAAAUCACAGGUCAGUCCUGGAGCGUGUGUUACAUAGUAAUGUAUGUGCAGUUAUACAACGACCGUGGACAGACACCUUAUUGGUUGUUGUUGUUUUUUUUUUUUUCGAUUUAACGAUAAAAAGAGUGAUUAUCAUAUUUACUGUCACAGAUUGAACAAUUCAGUGGAUCUCCACUACAAGGCAGAAAUCGUCCCGCUCAACUGAACCUGGUGUCCAAUCCUCUGUUGGAUAGCCCUGUUCUGUUAGAUCCAGGCCCUCCACAGUCGCCCGUGGAACCCACGGAGUUCGAGGUUGGCGCACGAGGCUUUUUUUUUCUCUCUCUAUCUUUUUUUUCUUUGAGCAUAGUGUUGGUGUAACAAACUUUCUUGUUCAUUUUAUGCUUUCACUUCCGCAGUAUCUUCGAAAUAUAUUAUACGAAUACAUGAUGGGCCGUGAACGAAAGGUGAGAAAGUUGGAUCAACAUAAGUAUGUGGGCAACUGCCCACCUACCCCUUCCCUAACCCAACAACAGUCAAUUGAUAACAGGUUAGGGUUAAUGUUGGGUUAGGGGAGGGGUAGGUAGGCAGUUGCCCAGAUACUGAUAUUGAUCCAUAACGUUUGACUCCAAUCUGAAAUUUUCAUUUAUGUGUAGUCCUAACCUUUCAAGAUCAUGAUCUUUCUUUCUAUGGCUUUGUUUAAUUUUUAUUAUUAUUCUUGUAAUCAAUGUGCCAGUUUUGGUGUGGUACGGUUGAAAGCUCGCAAAAGUAUGUUUCUUCCAAGUCUCGGGUUCGUUUAAAAGUCUGUAUUGAAAUUGGGAACCCAUUGUUCAGGAACCUUGAAAAAUGCCUCUGGAGUAUUUUCCAAUCUGUAACAAGUGCUUUAACUGCUGGAUGAAAUGUUUUUGAGGCAGCUGAGUGUUAAAGAAAAUACUUCGCCAAAAAGUUUUCUCAGCGCGAUAGGAGAAUUUUCAGUUUUGGAGCAAACCUUCGAAUGUGUGUAGCCGAGAAAGUCAGUGUUGCUUAGGCCUUGUCAUUAGACUCGUAGCCUUAAUUCUGGAGAAUGAGAAUUUUAGUCUUGAAAAUUGCAUCAAAAAAGGUUAGCGAACUACACUGUCUGAGAAUAUCGUCUCCAUUCGCAAGCCUGAGAAUGCAUACGUGUGUAAACACUUAAAAUUCUGCCUGAGGUAUCGUUAUUAAGUAAACAUUUACCAGCUACUCUAUUUUCAUUGCAGCAAAUGGCUAAAGUGUUAGUAGCCUUGCUACGGUUCAGCCCCAAACAACAAAAGGAAAUUUUACGUAAAGUUGAUGAACAAGCAAAUCAGGUGAGUGGUCUGAGCAAAAGAAUAUCAAUACUGUAAUACUUACCCUUGCUUGUAUGUCUUUCCGGUUCAUCUAUCUGUUGGUGAACAAAGUGCCUUGAAGGCGAUUACAGAUUAAUGUCGAAUGUCAAUCUCCUCCCCCUCCUCCUCUUUCUUCUCCUCCUCCUCCUUUUUUCCCCCUCCUCCUUCUUCUCCUCCUCCUCCUCCUUCUCCUCCUCCUCCUCCUUCUCCUCCUCCUCCUCCUUCUCCUCCUCCUUCUUCUCCUCCUCCUGCUUCUCCACCUUCUAUUCCUCCUCCUCCUCCUCCUUUUUCUCCUCCUUCUCCCCCUUCUCCUAUCUCCUCCCCCACCUCCUCCUUCUUCUCCCCCUCCUUCUUCUUCUUGUCCUCCUCCUCCUUCUCCUCAUCUUCCUCCCCCUCCUUCUUCUUCUCCUCCUCCUCCUCCUCCUCCUCCUCCCUCUCCUCCCUCUCUUCCUUCUCCUUCUCCUCCUCCUUCUCCUCCUCCUCCUUUUCCUCCUCUUCCUUCUCCUCCUUCUCCUUCUUCUCGCAAAUCUUUCUGGGUUUUAUCUUUUCUGCAUCUGUUUGGGUAAAACAGUUCACAUAUAUAUAAAAUGUUUCUCAGCUUGUGACCCAUUCCUCCCCCUCUAAAAUGUAAUUGUUCAUCUAAUGAAUAAAAGAACAGUUUCAACUGGUCUAAAGAGUGCUUGACCAUGAAAAUCAGUAGAAAUCCUUGACAUAGAUCAGUUCAUUCCAAUGCUAUUUAAAAACAGUCGUAAAUUAUAACUCGCUCUCGUCCAACUAGAUAAAGUCAUAAUACCUAACUAAGAUUUAACCAGCCCUGUGUACGUAAUAUUAAAAGGCGCUGCAAAUCGCAAAAUGUCAAUAAAACCUUGGAGGUUAUGUUUGCGGGCAGAAGUACACAUGUAGUUUAUUAGCUUUGAAAUUUCAGCUGUUACUCUAAAUUUUGGUGUAGAGUUCGUGAAUUUCAAUAUGUAAAAAGUUGUCAAAGUCGUUUCCUAAACAUAUGUUGCCUUAAACUUAAAUUGUCAAGUUAUUAUCGAGGCUUCUUUUCACUAGUGAAUAUUUAAUCUGUGCAAACUGCUGGAGGUUUGCAUCUGAUUUAGUUUUUAAUUUGAUAAAGGGAGAUAACUACUUAUACUACAGAAAACGUUUUCGUUCAUGUCAAGUGUUUACUUCGUCGGAAUUAGACAAUUACUCUUAAGUAUUCGUCAUAUUUAAAGCAAUAACCAAUGCCUUUCAUGUCUAAGUUUCUUCAGUUAAGAUUUAUUUACCAAAACGUUCAUGAACAGUGUUAUAAAAUAAUGCUGGAUGCGCAAUAAGGAAGAGUUGUUACCUACUUUUCUGUACUAUUUACAAAAAAGGAUGACAAAUGGAGAAAACUGUAUAGUGAGAAAAUCGCAUUUCAUAGAAGUAAUCUAUUCAUUCCCUAAAGGCUGUAUAAACGCUUUUAAAUUCGAGUUGAAAUUGUGAUUUGUACUCUAAAUCUUAGAUAUCAAGCUUGUCGCCGUUAAAAAUUAGUGUCAAAUGGGAAGUUGUGUGUAAAGCGUUUGAACAAAAACAACAAAACAAACGACCGUGGAGCAUGUGUUUCGUGUGCGUCAACAAAAACACCCACUUUGUGUAACGAAGAUUUUACGCAUCGGUCCCGUCUUUGUGGAUGUAACAAGUGUGUCACACAAUGUACGUCACUAACACCCGAGUUCAUGUCACAUACGUUGGUUGACUUAUUGUUUUGCCCUUUCCAGGGUGGCUUCCUAUCGCCCUUUAGGGCGUGACGUUCAGUCUUGUCACGCAACAACAUCAAGAUGCCUUUGAGUAAGCAUCACAAAAUGUACACUUGUUAUCAGAACUUGUAGGGAACAGCAUGUCAAUCAUUUAUUAAUUUCCACCCUAUGUUAAUGUUCAUUUAUUUUUCUUUUCGCAUUUGCCGUUGUAAGACAGUUUUCAAAGCAAACAUUUGGCCAGUUCUCAUAGAUCAUAUAUACUAUAUCUAGGUUAUUCUGCGGUCAGCUUUUCUAUCAAUCGCGUGAAAACAUAUAUCUACUUACUUGUGAUAACAACUGGGUAGGCUUGGCUUUUUCCCUAUCUUCUAUGUUUAAUUGAGCUGGUAGUUUUUAGUAUCAGCGGUGCCGCUCAUGUCGUGCGACCACGUCAUGACAGUCUUUUUUUCUUGUUAGUGACUUCCCUUUUCCCAAGCUAUAUAUGUUUGAGAUAGUAGCGUGAAUCUUCACAUUUAGUUUCAGACUUAAGGUAAUAUCGACAGCAGUGACAAGAAUAGGAAACGGUUUAUGGAGUAGAAGAGAAGGGUUAUUUUUAGCAUUGAGGUGUUUUACUGUUUAUCUAGUUUCAAGUGCAAGUUACGUUUGUAAAUCUGAUUAAUUUUUAUAUGAGUGAGCUCGUUUUAUGGACAGCGUGAUGUAAAAGAUCGUUCUCAACUUAAUGAAGACUGAGUCAUUCAAUCAUUCAUAAAACGACAUUAACUGUUUGACGUCACCGCAAAAUCAGACCUGUCUUUAAAUUUUGUUUUUCGUUUUUCUUUCAGGUGAAAGCAAAGUCGUCAUGGUAUUAACGAUAACGAGGCUCUUAGCCUUUUGAUUAAAGUAUAUAUUGAAGAAGCAUUGCUUUCUAGUUUUAUUGAUUAGAAAUGUUUUAAAUUUUGAACAGUGAACAGGCCCUUUUCUAAAAUUGCGACUGAAGCCCAAAAGUUAUAAUCAGAAAACACAUUCCCACCGCAACAAUAAUGCCCACCAUAAUAGAUUUUUCAAUUUUCAUUUACGUACAAUUCCAAUUAUUGAGAAAGUGUCAAUAUGGCGUUUUCCGUAUUAGAAUGCGUUCGUAUUGUUGGGGAUGUGGUUUCUUCUUCAGGUCUAUAUAUUCUCGGCUUAUUAAAGAGUUAUCAAAUGAAAUGUGCAGUAUUACAGAAUUCAGGGUGCUUACUUUUGGACUUAAAUUCCAGAAUAAUAGUAUUGAUAGUUAGCCGCCAAUUUCGAGAAGGUUUGUUCAGGUUUGGACACAGAACUAUCCUUUUCUUUCUGAUGUUAUUCUGUGUAACCUACAAACAUGGUUUUGAUUGAGCCAUAUUGGUAUUAUAAAGAUUCACAAGAUUUUGUGGUCUUAGUAUGUAAAUAAUAAAGUAACUUAAAUUAUCUCGAUGGUGAGUAAUGAUGUUUAACACGAUUUCUUGAACUUUGUUUAAGAAGCUUGCUUGUGCAGGUACCGCUAGAAAUUUAAAGCGGUAAAAGAGAAAAAUUUCCUUUUGUGUUUUUCGUUUUGUUAUGUUAGUUACUGACAAAAAAACCGACCGAGUAAUUCAUACUAACCAUAACCUAACAAGCGCAUCAGUCAAUUCAACUUCCUCUUGAGAAGGGUAAAAGGGAUUAAGAUUAGUAAGAAAGACUAAACGUGGCUGUUAUCGUUUGACAUCCUUCAUUAAUAAAGACUAUUCUUGCCGCAAUUCUGCGAACUUAUGGACUAUCUGAGUGAUCCCACAAGUCCAUUCGCACUAAACUAGUAUUCAGUCCUCCUAGUUUCGGGAACCGGAAAUUGGAUAGAAAAUAUUUCAUUGUUGAUUUUAGAGAAAUAGAUUUUCACCAAUUUCGUCAACGGAAUCGGUGAACUCAAACAUUGUACUUACUUUUGGGGUUUACGCCUUACUAUUUCAGUUCGCCCAAAUUCUUAUCCGUAACUUUGAUUCGUUGAUAAGUAGGUGGCGUCGACUUAUCCGUAUUUCUCCAUACCAAUUUAGACUUAUCUCGCCAGACCCUUUGUUGAAGGCAUCAAUAGGGUAGAAUAUAACAACUUCAUUGGUUUACUCUCUAUCAAGAUACAUGUACCGUUGGAGAUUAUUCUGUGUAUUGUUACGCAACUACGGCAGCAGCCUUACUCUUCACUCAAUGAUAAACGGGUUUACGUGUUACAACUGUUCUCUUAUUAGGGGGAGUGGAGGGGGGGGUGGUUUGUCAAGACUUGCGUCGACAUCUUUGAAAAAUUUUCGCAUCACGAAGUAGCAUAACUAGCCCUGGGU